CAGAAACGCAGAAACCAUACAAUUACACAUAACACACCCACCCCAAUUAAACAUCAUCAGCCUGCUCACGUCUUCUUUCUCUCUCCUCUAAAUUCCUAUUUUUUCUUCCAAUUUCCCCAAAAUCCUCUCAAUUCGACCCGAUUAGUACCCUAAUUUUGAAAUAUAUGUUGAACUUUGGGAGAAAUUGGAUCGAUUCCCCCUGAAAAACCCUAAUUGUUUGUUUCGAUUGUUCCCAUCUUUGCUUUUGAAGGAUCAGACGCAUGAGCUGUACGGUAUUGAAUCUGGGACUUUCGUCGAAUUCAAAUCACUUCAUAACCUGUCUUUUGAUCUUUAUUCUUCAUUAUUCACCUCAAUUAGGCCCUGCUUUGUUGUUUAAUCUUAAUCAAAAAAACUUUAAUUCUUCAUUAUCUUCGACGACGCCGUUUUUGCCCAAUUCAACCUUAAUUCUUCAGUUUAGUAACACCCGAUCAUUCAAUGGAGCUCAGGAAUAAGAAUAAUCGCCAAUUACGUCAAGGUUUAUGCUACUCUGGUAUCGAGGGGAAGCAGGGUUCCUCACCAUCUGUUAUAGUCAUAGGUUCUGGGAUUGCUGGUAUUUCGGCUGCCCGCGCUCUUUAUGAUGCUUCAAUUCAGGUAACGGUGCUGGAAUCACGCGAUAGAAUUGGAGGUCGGGUAUGCACAGACUACACAUUUGGUUUUCCAGUUGACCUGGGUGCAUCAUGGUUACACGGUGUCUGCAAUGAGAAUCCCUUGGCACCUCUGAUUGGUAGACUUGGCUUACCUCUUUAUCGUACUAGUGGAGACAAUUCUGUUCUGUAUGACCAUGACUUAGAGAGCUAUGCUCUUUUUGAUAUGGAGGGAAAUCAAGUACCACAGGACCUGGUUGUCAAAGUUGGAGAAGAAUUUGAACAUAUUUUGAAAGAGACUGAUAAAGUACGGGAGGAAUGCAUUGAGGACAUAUCUAUAAAGGAAGCAUUUUCAAUUGUCUUUGAAAGGAGACCAGAUUUGAGGUUAGAGGGGCUUGCUCAUAAAGUACUACAGUGGUACUUAUGUAGGAUGGAGGGCUGGUUUGCAGCGGAUGCCGAAACCAUAUCUCUGAAGUGCUGGGAUCAGGAAGUGCUCCUCCCAGGUGGACAUGGGCUUAUGGUGAGAGGAUACCUACCUGUUUUAAAUACACUUGCCAAGGGUCUGGAUAUACGUCUGAAUCACAGAGUAACAAAGGUUACAAGGCAUCAUAACGGAGUGAAGGUAACGGUAGAAAAUGGCAGUACAUUUGUAGCUGAUGCUGCAGUUAUUGCUAUUCCUCUUGGUGUCCUAAAGACUAAUACACUUAAGUUUGAGCCAAAGCUUCCAAAGUGGAAAGAGGAUGCGAUCUCAAAUUUAGGAGUGGGAAUUGAGAAUAAGAUAAUUUUGCACUUUGAAAGGGUGUUCUGGCCAAAUGUGGAGUUUCUUGGUGUAGUUUCAGAGACUUCAUACGGGUGUAGUUACUUUCUGAAUCUUCACAAAGCUACUGGUCAUCCUGUUCUUGUUUAUAUGCCUGCCGGAAAGUUGGCCAAGGACAUUGAGAAGAUGUCUGAUGAAGCUGCUGCAGGUUUCGCUUUUAAGCAGUUGCAAACAAUUCUUCCUGAUGCAUCUGCACCCAUUCAAUAUUUGGUGUCACAUUGGGGAUCAGAUAUAAACUCUCUUGGUUCAUACAGCUAUGAUACAGUUGGAAAGCCUCAUGAUUUAUAUGAGAGGCUUAGGGUUCCAGUAGAUAACUUAUUUUUUGCGGGGGAGGCCACAAGCUCAAGUUUUCCUGGUUCAGUUCAUGGUGCAUAUUCAACUGGCUUGCAAGCAGCGGAGGACUGCAGAAUGCGUGUCCUGGAACGCUAUGGCGAGUUGGACUUGUUCCAGCCAGCUAUGGGUGAUGAUUCGUUCAGCGUCCCCCUCCUAAUUUCUAGGAUGUGAUCGCGGCAAUUGAUAAUGUUUCUCCAAAGCGGAGUUAAUUAGUAUUAUUACAUGUAAUAUGUUAAAUGCAGCUUUGGUUAAUGCUAAGUGCUGGUUCUGACUUUGUAGCUUUUAUUUCUUCUGUGAGAACAUCAAUAUAUGAAUGGACGAUUUUCCUGAA